AUGGCCGACGUUUCAAACUCUGCGAUCAAGGACGCGUACGAGGCGGUCCGGUCCGACAAGGACGAGACCAACUGGCUUCUCCUCGAUUACGCCGAUGCACGAUCAGACAAGCUGGUCUUGACUGAGACGGGCAAGGGCGGCUUGGAUGAGCUCAAGACCAAGUUCCAGCCUGGAAACGCUUCCUUCGCCUAUAUCCGCGUUAAAUACUCGAACGACGUCGAGUCGUUCCGGGAAAAGUUCGUCCUGAUCACCUGGAUCGGCCCCGAGGUUCGAGUGAUGCGCAAGGCGAAGCUCUCGGUGCACGCGGCGGACGUCAAGCGGGUCUUGAGCGCGUACAGCAUCGACGUGCCGGCGAGUUCGGUAGAGGACUUGGCAGAGGCUCCCAUCGUCAAGCGGCUGCGGCAGGCGGGCGGAGCGAGUUACGACCGGGCUUGA